CGCUCUGCCACGCACAGAGCACACAGCCCGCAGGACUCUGCUUUUAGCAGCGAAGACCUAAUUUUAAGAAGUUUCACGUACGUCCAGCGGGACCAGUGGCAAAAUUCAGCACUUGGGCGUUUUUGAGGAGUAAAGGUGGCAAGGCCCCUCUGUGCUGCUGCCGCGUCCCUGAUUUGGGAGUGAAACCCUGCAUUUCGGCUCAUCUCAGAGGGAAGGGGACCGGAGGGCGCCGCAGCCCCGUCCUGUCCCACCUCUGCGGGCCCAGACUGACAGGGAGGCAGCUGCCGGGCUCCGUUCCGCGCUGGGGCCGCGGUCCUGCCCUGCAGCCGGCAGCCGCCCGCGGAGACGGCCGCGGAUCCUGCGCGUAACUGGGCCGCCCCUUGUCCUGGACCCGGCUCGGCUCUGCCCUGCCCGCCGCCCUCGGCCCUGCCGCCAGCGUCUGCGCACGCCUCGCCCCUUCCUCCUUCUCCUCCUCCUUCAGCUCCUGCGGGUCGCUACCCCCGGCAGAGAUGGAGGCCAUCGAGGAGCUGGCGCUCAAGCCCUGCACCUCAUCCCUCUACCUACGGCCUUUCCGCCUCUGUUACCGGCAGAAUGGCACCAAGAAGUUCUGGGAUUUUAUGAGGACACAUGACAGUGUGUCAAUCCUGAUCUUUAAUACUUCUCGGCAGUGCUUUGUUGUGGUGAAGCAGUUCCGCCCAGCCGUUUACAUGUGUGAAAUAGAAAGGCAUCAUCCCCAAAUCUUUCAGAAUCAGGACAAGGAAAGCUUCUCUUGUCUGGAGGAUCCCUUACCUGCUGUGGUAGGAGUGACCUAUGAACUCUGUGCUGGCAUCGUGGACAAACCAAACCUUUCUUUAGAAGAAAUUGCUUGUGGGGAAAUCUUAGAAGAGUGUGGCUACUGUGUCCCUGUUACAGCACUGAGGAGGAUCACUUCUUACAGGUCUGGAGUUGGUGUGACAGGUUCUAGACAGACAUUAUUUUAUGCUGAAGUAACAGACCAGAUGAGAACUGGUGAAGGAGGUGGCCGGGCUGAAGAAGGAGAACUGAUUGAAGUUGUAGAAAUACCUUUAGAAGACUCCAUGAAGUUUGCAUAUGAUGAGACUUUUCCAAAGACAAUGGGUGUCAUCUUCAGCUUCAUGUGGUUCCACAACAACAUUGCACCAAAGCUUAAAAAAAAAUAAAAAUCAAAGCACCAUGAUUUUAAGAAAAGCCUUUAUGAUGGUUCUGUGGAUACAGAAAACUGCGAAGCUGCCUGCCUCAAUCAACUCAGCUUUUCAUAGGGCAAAUCUUUCUUAAAAUAAAUUUGGAAGUAAAAUCUGAAGUAAAAUCCUGACCCAAUUUCCAUCAUUAGCAAAACACUUGCUGGCUUUAGUGGAGCCAGGAUUUGCCUCCACGAGGCAAAUGUUGAUUUUCACACAAAGGCUGAGUAAAUGUGUCCUGUCCUCCUUUUUUGCUGCUCUACCACUAUUUUGAGGAGUUGCUCAGGACUUCAGAUGCUAUGCCAGACUGUCACUGUGGGCUGCACAUACAGCUGUAUUCCAGUAUUUUUUUGGGGUGGCAGGCAACAAACCUUAAUAGUCACAGGUACCCUAACUGCACUUCUGAGCUGUGCAGCACAGCUUUCAGGGAGCAGCUUUCACUGUGCUGUGUGUAGCUCAUGCACAGAGAAAACGUUUGCAUUUCUGAACAUGCAAAGAUGUCUGUAAAUCCUCCUGCUAAUGUGUCAUUGUGACAAUAGACCAGCUGUAAGAUUAUGUGCUUCUGUUUGUUCCCACUAUAAUGCUGAGCAGCAGCGAUGGUAAUAGAGGGGUGAAUGAUAGGGGCUUCUAUUGAAACACAUGCUUCUUUGUUUGUUUUAUGGGUAAUUCUUGAUUAAUUAGAUUAAACUUUGUCCUCUAGAGCAGGACUUGAGAGGCCAAAUUCCUUUAAUUUGACUCUGAGGUGACUAAGAGGGAUCUCUCUGAGGUGUUCUGUGGUCUGUUUCCUUAUCACCCAAAUGGGGAGAAUGGGACUUGCCCCUCAGAUGAUGCUCCUUGAAAUCUAAUGAUGGGAAGUGUUUUAUUGAGAGAUCUUAUUAUCAUUUGUGCAGUUUACACUGAAGCCCAUACAACUUGCACAGACACACGGAGAAACACUAUUUGAUUUAAUAAAGUGCUCUAAUUAGAAGGUACAUUAUUUGUUCUACCAGGAUAGUUCAGAUGUAGACUGUUUGUCAUGUGAAACUGGUAAGAGUAUGAAUGAAAGAGAAUUGGGUCUGGCAAUGUAAUUAUGCACUGGUUUAUGUUAUUCACUAAGUCAAUUAGUGUUAAUGUCAAUUAACAUGACUACAUUAUAUGUGCUUCUAGGCUUGCUCUGUUACUAAGUAUGUUUAAAAGAUGAGUACUCUGAAUAUUUAAACUUUCACACAGCAACAGGAAUAAAUGCACUACAGAUGCAUGAUGCUUUCCAGUGGCUGAUUUAAAGUCACUGCACAUCCAAAUAGCUGCAUAAAUAAAUCCUUUUCUUAAAAAAUUCUUUUAGAACUGGUACUAGGUGGUUUUCCUACUGAGAGGGAGGAAAGAUCUUUGCAAAGCCACUGCAGAAAGAGCAGCCUUCGUCUGGGGGAGUCAGACACCUUUUGUGAAAGCUCAGACACAUUUGUGUUGAAUUGUGCCUGGUCUGUGGUGAGUCAAGGGCUGAGUUAUCAUGAAAGGUAAAUAAAUUUUGUCUGAUGUAUUUAUGUUGGAAGGUGUUUUAGGGUGGGGUCUCGACUGUUCUGCAUCUUUGCAGUGUUGAAUACAAUGUGUCUUGAUUGCUGCUAAGGCCACUACAAACUACUAAAGUCUGUAUAAUAAAUAAUGUCUUUUAUUCUA